UCUCCCUUUUAUCUCCCUGUUCUUUCACUGUGCACGAUAAAUUAUCACAAACACUUUUUUCCGCAAACAAUCAAGCGCAUUCUCUUUUCUAAUAUAAUCUUAUACAACUGCUUGUCCGACGUUGCGAAUCAACAGCACUCACAUACAAAAUGAGCGACAACGAAAAGAUGGAAAGCUCGUCCUCCCCAAUCAGCGCGGCACCGCAGAGCCCCUCUAUCGGAGAACCCUCCACCAUCAGCAACAAUAAUAUCAAUCACAACACAUCAGCACAAUCACCCUCUCUGUCCCAAUCGGCCAAGAAAGGCAGAGGUCGCCCACGUAAAUACCACACUGAUGCCGAGCGUGAAGAAGCCAAACGCCGGUAUCGCGAAAACCACAAGACCAAAGCUGCAAGUGGAGGCGGGGUCUCGAAUUCUGGAAAUGCUUCCGCGAGUGCAAAUUUCGUUGUAGCAGCACAGCCGAAGCAGCAGGAUAUUGAUGAUCUGUGGGAAGCUAUGAGGGGUUUGCAGGAGGAGGUCGCGGGAUUGAAGAUGCAGUUGGCACAGAGGGAUGCAGCAGCAGCAGCUGCUGCGGCCGCUUUGCCGGGUCAGAAACGCAGGAAGGUGUGAUGGGAUAUGGUGUUGUGAGACGUUUCACGAGUUUCGAGGCAUUGACAGAGAGGUGAGAUAUUCCGAUCUUUUUGU